UCGCGCCUUAAAUUUAAUUACAACCAAGUUAUUAUGCAACGAUAAUACCAAUGUUACGUUUUACAUACGCGUGCCGAUUUUUCUAUCCACUCGCGAUCGUAAUAUAGUUUUACCAGCAUAAAAACCGUGCGCGCAUUAUGGUCCAUUACUUCUCGGUCAGGAACACCAGCCGCCUCGAACAAUGAACUUGACCAUGAGGCGCUGCGUCAGCGUCCAGCUGGUGCUGAUCUUCGUUUGCCUCGUCCAGUGCGCGUCUAGUGUGAGAAACACCUCCGACUGCCCGACGCCAGGAGGACUGAAGAACGGAAGGAUCAGAGCUCGAGGUCGGGGCAGGAUCAUCAGGUACAGCUGCUUCUCUGGCUACGAACUCGUCGGCAACAAGUACUCGACCUGCAUCCGCGGCUCCUGGGACACGCCCACGCCCAUCUGCGUCAGUACGCGGUGUUCAGCAGCUCCGGUACCGCAGCACGCGGUCGUCGGCGAGAAGUAUCACGGUGCCAUCCUCAUGUACUUUUGCGAGCCGGGCUACGUGCUCGUGGGCAACGCCGAAAUUUACUGCGACGGGCGACAGUGGAACGGCACGACGCCCUACUGUCGUGAUUCUAACGCAAUCGCGCCGACUUCCUGUGAUUUCGAGAAAGAAGGGCUCUGCUGGUGGGAACAGGACCCGAAGCACGACUUUGACUGGAUAAAGCAUCGCUUCGACACUCCGAGCGCUCACAUAGGCACGGGCCCGACGCACGAUCACACUCUGGGUGCCGGAAACGACGGAUAUUACCUGUACAUCGAGGCGACGGGUAGAUUAGCCAACGACACGGCCAGGAUCCUAUCUCCCCUCUACAACGCCAAUCUUACCGACUCGGGGUGUUUUUCCUUUUGGUAUCACAUGUACGGCGCGACCAUUGGGACUUUAAACGUAUAUUUUAAGCCGGAAACGGAAAAGACGCCGAAACUCGUGUGGUCGAAAAACGGAAACCAAGGCAAUCAGUGGCACCGUGGCUUGUUUGAUUUGCCGACUGUUAACAACAGUUUUCAACUGAUAAUCGAAGGAGUGCGGGGCACGAGCUACGUUAGCGACAUUGCAAUAGACGACCUAGCCAUUUUGCAGGGGGACGAGUGUGUCGUGAAAACUGCCAUCCUCAACAAUACGACCCCCGCACCGGAUGGCGACGAAGUCGAAGUGUUUAAUGCAAUGCAGAGCUGUCGGGAUCGAUGCGUCAAUACUUUGACAGAGACGACUCCUAGCUCGGAGCUCUACACGAGCCCAGACGCGUGUCAGUGCACUCUGGAUUGUGCCGACACUUCGUCGUGUUGCCCAGAUUACUCAGAGUACUGCAUCUAUGAAAUAACGGAUCAACCCGAAAUUAUGUUGCCUACAAGCGUCGUUUCACUGACGAAAAGUACAACUGUUUCCUCGUCUGUAACUCCUUCGACGGAAAAACAAAGUAAAAAUGCCUCGACUAUUGCAGCGACGACGAUAACGACGAGUCCUUAUAGCGUAACGACAAAAUCUGAAAGAACGACCGUGUCCACUGUUGCGUCGACAACAACUGCCACGACGCGUGUAAUAACAGAGGUAACAACGAAAAUCGAAACGACCGCCGAAACAAAGGUAACCAGCAAAAAACAAACGUGGGCACCCACAGUUUUACCCUCGACGACAACAAUGAAUGUGGAAACUCCGUUCGUGCCACUCAUGCCAGAAACUACUGCGUAUUCAAUCGAUGACGCUCCAAUGCGCACAGAAGCUCAUCUGUUGAUAGAAGACGCCAGACAGCUCAAAAAAUCCACAGCCCUGAAUCUCUCUGGAACUAUUGGGAUAGUCAUCGGUAUUUUGACGGGCUUUGCAAUGAUUGCGUUUGUGGCUUUCGUUAUUUAUCGUAGGCGAAAGUUUUACACGAGAAGUUCCGAUGGGUCGGCAUAUUCCGAGGACUGCACCGUUGGUUUUCUUACUUCCGUCGAAACGCUAGAUUUCAGCUUGGCAAGGCCAUCCGACGACGAUGAAAAAUGCUAAAUUUUUAAUUUUCUUUGCGGCUGCUAAAUACAACGUCAUCGUGAGCCAGUAAAAAACUAUUGGGCUUAUUUUCAAAAGUAAAACGUUAAUUUUUAA